AUGCGAAUGGAAAAUCAGCAAGGAUCUUCCGAAACGACGGAGGCAAUGAAAGAGAUGGUGGAUGAAAUUGAUCAAAAACGUUUUGAAUUGUUGGAUUUGGAACUAAAAUUAAUGCGACAAAUGAGCCAAACCUCAAUCAAUUCCAGUCCACAACUUUCAAACCUCUUUCUGAUCGGAUCACCGCUGGGGUUGUUCAUUUCACUCAAUGCGAUACCCUCGUCUUACCAACCAAUGACACCGAGAAGUCAAUCGCCGCGGUCGCCACGAGCUCCGGUAGCCCGAGUAGGACAUCGCCGAAGGCGUCGUUCAAACAGCAAUCAGACAACCCCAUCGCCUCCUCCAGACUCAGAGGUGCUCGAAUUGAAUAACCAGGACCCCGAUGCGCUCGUUCCCUACUCAUCAUGUCGUCGUGUGUAUAAUAUUUAUCAUUCCUAUGAUCCAAUAGCGUACCGUCUUGAACCGUUAUUACUGAAACAUUAUUCAACCGUUGCCCCUGUGGUACUUCCAUCAGUGGACAGUUUCCUCUCGAAAAAGACAAAUAAAUCGGGCAAGAAUUCGGAUCAUACGUCACCGCAAGAUUUCUCCCGUGAUUCUUCAAUCGAUGUGACUUCUACGAGCGGAAUGGAUGGAGUCGGAAGUAUGUUCGAAUCUUUCGGGGACACGGAUUCAAGAGACUCACGAUAUGUGGGAAAUGUGUGGGAUUCAGACACGGAGAGUUCGGACAACGAUAGUGUGGACACAGUACAACCUGAUCUGGCAAAAAAGCUCUACAAACGGAUCAGUGUGGGCGAGGACCAAGUUUACAAACAACACAAAUCUAAAACAUUCAAAUUCUUCAGUCGUUACGUGACCCGCAGAUCAUCGCAUGUGACCAGCCUAGGCCCCCUACUACCACUACAGAGAAACGAGCCAGAAGCCGCAGAGCGUCGCUUACGGUAUCGAGUGGAUUACGAGUGGCAAAAAUCCUUCUCACCACUUGCUGUCCUUGGAGCACAUUACAGCUACUGGACAAGCGAAGAAUUAGCAUUUUUCAUUCUAUAUCAAAUCUUCGGUCACCCGGACAGCGUCAGUUGA